AUGAUGGGCGGCAACAUGAUGGGCAACCCCAUGAUGCAGAGCCACAUGAUGCAGCGAGACCCACGCCUGCCCCGCAACGCACGCCCCGGCGACUGGAUGUGCAACUCGUGCAACAACCACAACUACGCCGACAAGAUGGCGUGCAACCGCUGCAAGCUGCCGAAGGCCAUCGCCAUCGCUCUCAGCAGCAGCACGGCGAUGCAGAGCGCGCUCAUGGCGCACCUCUCGGGCGGAGGGAUGCAGGCGGCAGAGGCGCUGCUCGGCGCCGUGGAGCGAGGCGCGGCCACGAACGGCGUCCAGGGCGCGCAGGCUGCACUCUCGAUCCGCAUCAACCACGAGCGAGGGGAGGCGCUGGUCGCCUUCGUCUCCGCGUACGACGCCGGCGCGCUCCUCGCCUCCAAGGCGUCCGUCAAGCUCCACGACCAGACCGCGGAGCUCUCGUGGGGCAAAGCCAAGCCGAUCCCGCCCGAGCUCGCCGACGCGAUCAGCGCCGGCGCCACGCGCAACCUGCAGCUGGUGCCGCUGCCCGCCGCGACCGAGCUCGCCGCGCUGAACGCGGUCUUCUCGCAGUUCGGCCCCAUCGAGUCGAUCCGCGCGACGGGCUACAUCAACUUUUGCAACGUCGAGGCCGCCGUCGCCGCGCACAAGCGGUACGCGGACGGCGCCACCGGCCGCGAUUUGUGCCCGUCGCUGCCCGCCGACGCACCGGAGGCGUCGGCGCCGUCGAUGCGGAUGAUGAUGGGCGCCUCGUACGGCUUCCUCAACUUUUUGCGCGACGAGGACGCCUACGCGUUUUGGCAGUCUGGCCAGGCCCAGCAGCCGCACCUGCGCGGCAACCGCAUCUUUCUCAACUGGGCAAAGGCGCCCGGACCGGUGGAGCCGCACGUGCUGCGCCUCGUGCGCGAGCACGGCGCCUCGCGCCACCUCGCGGUGCGCAACAUCUCGGACGCAACCUCGGCCGACCAGCUCGGCGCCCUCUUCCGCCAGUUUGGCGAGGUCGAGUCGAUCCAGAUCAAGCCGGGCGAGGGCGCGCAGGUCAACCUGACAAACAUCGCCUCGGCCGCCGCCGCAAAGGACCAGCUCGACGGGCUCACGAUGGGCCAGUGGAAGCUGGUCGUGGCGUACACGACGCCGCCAUGA